AUGAAUGUGAGCCAUGCUUCGGUUCACCCUGUUGAUGCAGUUCCAACGACGGAAGCUGGUGGUGCUGACCAAAACGCCAAUGUUCCGAGGGUGAGGAUGAAGGAUAUUCAAGGCAUGCCAGGCACAGUUGGUGGCCUAGCUUUGCGUGUCUCACAGUUUGUUUUUGCUGCUGCUGCACUUUCUAUCAUGGCCUCCACUAAUGAUUUCCCUUCUGUCACUGCCUUCUGUUACCUUGUUGCGGCUGCCGGUUUGCAGGCAUUGUGGAGCUUUAUACUGGCCAUUGUUGAUGUAUAUGCCAUUUUAGUAAGAAGAUCUCUGCAGAACUAUCGAGUUCUCGGUUUGUUCACAAUCGGUGAUGGGGUAACUUCGACCCUUGUAUUUGCAGCAGCCUGUGCAUCAGCAGGCAUCACAGUCCUUAUUGAUAACGAUCUCGGAAGCUGCGCGAAGAACCACUGCGUGCAGUUUGAAACGGCUACAGGCAUGGCUUUCAUUUGUUGGUUCACCACAUUGCCAUCGUUUCUCCUGAACUUUUGGUCUUUGGCAUCCCGCUAAUUAAAAACUGUGACACACGAAAUUAGACAGCUUGUAAAGUUUUUAGUGUUUGUUUAUGGUGUUUUGACUGUUUUGGUUUUUCACCUUUGAAAGUUUUUUGAACAUCAUGUGUUUGAAUUAACCAAAUGGUUGCAUUUGCAUGUACUUCUCCUUCAUCAAACCAAAGAAUGUGAUUUGGGAUUUUGGAGUGU